AUUUGGUGGAACUCGAAAGUAGUUCUUCCAUUUCCGCUACAAUGAAACAACUUCUGUUGUCAAGGCAACAUGAUGCCUUUAAUACACCACAAUGGUUCUCCGCCGAAGCCAACUUGUUUGGAAUGUUGGCACAUAUGAUUUUUCCCCCCGCAUUGCUGAAUCAGAGAAUGGACAUCAUCAAACUAUGUAAACAUGACAUGCUGGAGCCUCACUUUGCUUGCACUUUCUCCGUGGUACUAAGUAAUGCGGCGUAGACUUAAAAUAUAAAAUGCAAUCACAUGUGAGAAGCCUUUCUCACGCUUGCUGAGUGGAAUAUUCAAAUGUGCCUACUCACCCUUAAUGGAGACAAGACCUUCGUACAGUAAAGAAGAACGUUUAUUUGGCUUUGGAAGCAGUUGAGAGUACGCUAUAGAAAUGGAGGCUACUGACACAGGAUCAUCACUGAGCUUGGAAAACGUCUUUAGCGAACGCCAAUUGUCACCUGAAUAUAAAACUGAAGACAAUGAUGAAGGCAAAGAGCAUGAAACUCUCCUAGAAGAACCUUACAGUGAUGAUCCAGACUCAGACACAGAACAACCAGACUCAAGUUCAGUUUCAAACGGAUUGUGUGGUGAAGUAACCCUCCAUGUCCACAUUGCAUUGGCCAUUCCAAGUGCAGAAGACGAUGACUCAGUGACUGCUGUGGAGAAGACAAAGAAGAAACUUACAAAGAAAUGUAUACCAAGCUUAGUGGUUGAAGCCCCCAAAGCACAAGGCUAUUAUCACAUUGAAUACAAUCUACUUCCUAAUGACCGAGAGCCCACUAAAGUAGACUUUGUCAUGUUUGGGUUAGCUGCCAAGCUCUACAAGGGUACUAAGUCAAAAGUGGUAAAGCCAUGGAUAGAGGACGACAAAAUAUGGCUAACCUGGUCUCAGACAGUCAGAAUCAAAGUCACCAAAGAAAUGCUCAUCAAACUGCUUCACCAUAAGGUCACCUUCCGGGUGUGGGACACCAAAGACCAUAUAAGUGCCUCAGCCAAGCACGACAGACCUAAAGCAUUCAGAGUGCAGCCAGACAAAAGGGGUGAAGAACAUUCUGGCACUAAGAACAUGAUCCAUAGACUGCGAGAUACUUUAGGAAAGGAGGGCUUAAAAACAAAACCCUCAAAAGAUGUUGGAGAACCCGUAAUAGCCGAACUGAAGAGGAUGUCGGAUGUGAACUGUGCGACAGCUGAACCCAAGUUGUCUAACAUAGAUGUUGUAGCAAAUGAAAGAACCGCCUCCUUCACUGGUGUUACCCAGGAGCAACAGUACACUGGUCCAAGGUCUGCAGAUCAAGGUGGGGAACAGGACUUCCCGUUAGUCGAUUCCAGAGGCCCUCAAGACCAAGACAGAGACUCCAAGCAGUUAAGCCAAAAAGCCUCUCCUGCGCACGCUAACAAGAAGUGUCACCUGAGAAGCAACACCAUUUUCAAGAACUCCCUAGCCAACGCGGAUUACAUCAGGAAGAAUGGUGCAGCAUCUGCAGAGCUGAGUUUCAUUCAUCUGCUUGCAGGGGAAGAGUCUCUGAUGGGCAACCUUAUCACACACUCUAAAGGGGUGCUGGAGGGCAUGUGUAGCAUAUCCCUGGACCAGCCACUCAUCUCAGGGGAGAUGAAGACUGCACUCAACCCACUGGUCAUAACCAUCCGCUCAGCCAAGUGUCUGCCCUCCGUCCAUCUGGCUCUUGAUGAAGAAGAGGAAAAUUGUUUGCCUGUGUACUGCCAGUAUAAAUUCCACAACAUGGAGAUGCACCGAACUAAAAGCUACGAGCACAGCAGUAACAUUUACUUCAAGGAUGUGAAUGUCAUCUUUGCCGGCCUGGUCAGCCGAGGGGAGCUCAUGGAGUACCUCAGCGGGCCCCCGCUUGAGAUCGAAGUCCACGACCGCGACAAAAAGGACGGGAGAGGCCCCAAGAGCGUCUUUGGCCUCUCGCCUCAAGAUGGCCUCCUGAGCAGCGUGGCUCGGCUCAACUGCAGAGGCAUUACCCACAGUCCCUUUGGGGACGUUAAACCCCAUCGCCCGCACGGCAUAGCAAGACUCAGCUUCGCCGAGCUUCUGAACGGCCAUCGGUCACUGAGGUACAACCUUCCCAUCUACAGCUCGGCCCCUCUGCAAAUACUGGGAAAGGACAAAGCGGCGUGGGAGAGGAAGAUGCUAGAAGUGCCCGGUCCUAGAGACGACCCUCAGGCAGACGUCAUGCCCUUGGGGCAUUACUUAGAGUCCAACUCCCAGCUGAACAUCCAGGUGCAGAUAGCGUGUCCUUUAAAUGCAGAGAACAUCCCCGCUACCGAGGAGGACUGUCCCUUCGGUCGCAUCGUCCACCUCAUGAAACGGGACGACGUCGGAGCGUUGACCAAACUGCGCGCUGAGAUCUUGAGGGUGAACACGGCUGCCUUUCAGCUGAAGUCUAAAACAGAGGAUGCCAUGCAGAGAGCCCUGGCGUGUUACAAAGUGAGCACACAGGAGAUGGAGAGCAAAGAGCUGGACUUCCUCACUGGAUUCCACUUACUGGACAAGAACAUGCAUCUCUUUGUCAUUGAAGGACUGAAGGAUCAGGCCAUCAGAAGACUCUGGGACGUGUCCUCAACAAAGUCAGAUGGGAUUGACAGGGAGCAGAUAACCGUCCUAUAUAACUCAGCGCUGAGCUUCUCCAAGCGCUUGUACAACUGUCUGGAUCUGAGCUUCUGUCCCAUCCACCUUCACGAGCCCCUGGAGGCCAUCAUGAGGCGACCGCUGGUGUACGUCAGAGACAUGGUCCCGCACGACUGCUUCCAGGGCCUGUCAAGCUUAAACCAACUAUGCCAAGUAUUGUCGAUGAAGGUUGCGGUGCGUAACAGCCUGUUCCCCACGGCCGAAAUGGUGCGAAGCCUCAGCAAAGAGUUUGGGUCCCUGCCCGAGAAAGGGCAGCGGGUCCUGGAGGACAUCUGCCAGGCGGCCAGAGGAGCGACUCAGAGACAGAGGGGUAGAGUGAAAUCCAAGCCACCCACUGAGGACCACAACCAGCAGUAUGUAGAGUGGAAACAACUUGUAGCUGCCCAGCAACUCUGUGGAGAAACAAAGGACUUUGUUCGGGCCAACAUAGAGGAGGUGCAGAGAGCAAGUGUAAAGGACCAAAAACCAAAGCCUGGAGUGGUAGUGCUAGAGGUGGCGGAGGGAAAGAUAGCUCACAAUUACAGCUGUCAGACCAGGAACACCACUGAACAGGCCAAGGAGCUACUUCGGAAGGAGCUGGCGAAGGAUCCACUGCAGAGGUUCACGUACAGUCAGGAGUUCCAGUUGGCCACGUUCGAGCCGUGUGACGUGGACGCCGAGCGCAAGGCUGCGGAGGCCAGGUCACGCAGAGCCUGGCGCACCGAAAACGGCUUCACCUACCACGGCUUCCGGUGCAGCUACGAGUCCAACGAGCACCCCAAAAUGCCAGACGAGGCCCGGAUAGAGGAGCUGAGAAAGCCUUGGAGGGAGAACAUCCUGCACGGGAACACGCUCCGCCCCACUCUUCCUCAGGACACAUGGCCUUAUAGGAGGUGCUCUGAAGAUUUUGAGCUCUACGUCAAGCCCCCACCUGUCUUCCUGCCCAAGCCCCCCGUCACCAUCCACCUGGCAGGAGACCUUCUGGAGCAAGAGCAGCGUGAAGUGGCCUACGCUCAGUAUGACAGGUGGCUACGGAAAAUCCUGCCAGACAAGCACAACCCUUACAGCAACAGAGUCCCACAGUUUAAGCUCCACAUGAAGAAAGAUGGCCUGGAUAAGCUCAGUCCCAUCCUCAAAGAUCAGCCAAUGAAGUACAUUCUCGCCAAACACAGAAAGGUCUGUAAGGUGACUGAGGAGUAAGGAUCUGAAUAGACUGGCGUUUGCACAACAAAGUACUCAGAAGCUUGUGUUAGACCUUAAUGCUUAAGACCCUUUGCUAAACUAUUAAUGCGGCCCUUAAGAAUGUUUGAGCACUUUAUUUUUCAACUAGUACAGCUGCCUAAAAGCCGUUUAAUGCAUUUCAUAGCUGUUCUUUAUGAGGUGAUUGAGACAUUGUCCAACAUUUGGGUAUUGUGUCUGCUCUAACAGUAUAAUAAGUAAAAGUGUGUUUAGCCAAGAAAUGCACAUA